GCCGCAGCCUGCAUCUGCCACCGCAGUCUGUCUCUAGUCGUGAGCUCUCUGCUAUGUAGGCUGAGACCUACGGAGGCUGAGGAGGAAGCUAGGCCUCAUCCGCUGCUCCAGCAGCCGUUCACCAACCACGCACAAAGGCGGCAACCCCGGGCCCCGGGCGAGAGGAGCGGCCACCGCCCGGGAGCAGCUCGGAGACGCACGGUGCGCCCUAUGCCCCCUCGCCCCCUCCGCCCCCGCCGCGGCAGCUCCAGCGCACGGAGAGAACGCGCCACCGCGGGGCCUGGGUGCAGCUAGCGACCCUUGCCCCCAGCGCGCAGCCCGAAGUGAGCGGUGAGCAACGAGCGGGACGGCAGCGAGGCGUUCGCGGGCCCCCUCCUGCUGCCUGGGCCCGGCCCGCUCAUGGCGGCCAUCCGCAAGAAGCUGGUGGUGGUGGGCGACGGCGCGUGCGGCAAGACGUGCCUGCUGAUAGUGUUCAGUAAGGACGAGUUCCCCGAGGUGUACGUGCCCACCGUCUUCGAGAACUAUGUGGCCGACAUCGAGGUGGAUGGCAAGCAGGUGGAGCUGGCGCUGUGGGAUACGGCGGGCCAGGAGGACUACGACCGCCUGCGGCCGCUCUCCUACCCCGACACCGACGUGAUCCUCAUGUGCUUCUCGGUGGACAGCCCGGAUUCGUUGGAGAACAUCCCCGAGAAGUGGGUGCCGGAGGUGAAGCACUUCUGCCCCAACGUGCCCAUCAUCUUGGUGGCCAACAAAAAAGACCUGCGCAGCGACGAGCACGUCCGCACAGAGCUGGCCCGCAUGAAGCAGGAACCGGUGCGCACGGAUGACGGCCGCGCCAUGGCCGUGCGCAUCCAAGCCUACGACUACCUCGAGUGUUCCGCCAAGACCAAGGAGGGCGUGCGCGAGGUCUUCGAGACGGCCACGCGCGCCGCGCUGCAGAAGCGCUACGGCUCCCAGAACGGCUGCAUCAACUGCUGCAAGGUGCUAUGAGGGCCGUGCCCGCCCCGCCUGCCUCUGCCCGUUCGGCUUCCCCUCCCCGGCCCGUCUCCCGCGAGCCCGAAGACGGGGAGACCGACGCCCCCUAAUGACCCCAACGGACUGCCUGGCUUCUACCUUCCGGCCCCGCAGCCACGACCUGGUGGCUCUGGCUCUGGCUCCGGGAAUCGGCGUUGGAGGCACGGGGCGCCCCAUUUCCAGAGUCUCUGCGUCUGGCUGUGUUGCACAGGCCUGGGCGCCCCGCUGAGUGCCAAGGGUCUCCUGAGCACCCUUUUCUGAAGGGCUCAGCCUCUUCAGAGUGUGUGGCUGUGUGUGUGUCCCACUCCCUCAGCCCCGUUUUCACCCUACUCCCUCCUCUGGUCCCUGGAGAUGAGCUUGGCGCCGGUGCGGCCGCACCCCAUCAGAUGUUCGCCCAUAACCAGUGAGCGCCUGCUAUCCCUUGUCUGUAACAUAGACCACGGGAACUGCGGGAGGGGAGGGCUGGGGAGGGUGGGGUGUUAUAUAAAUAUAUCUAUAAUUUUAUUUUCCGAGGUAGGAUGUUGUUAUUUAAUGGUGGCGGUGGGUGCAGUGACAGGGCCAUAGAACAGCUCCGGCCCAGCCUGGGUCAGGCGCCCAUCCAAGCAUGAACAGGACUUGGCCAUCUUUCCAACCUUUGGGGAAGACGUUUGCAACUGACUUGGGGCUGAGAGGACACAGCUUCCAGACUCAUGUCUUCUGAGGGCCAGGCCCCUGGCGAACCUCUCACCAGUCAGGAUGAGGGGGGGGUAGUGUGUGCUGCGGGUUGUUUUUUGUUUUUUUUGCCAUAAGCGAACUUUGUGCCUGUCCUACAAGUGAAAAUUGUUCAGUCGAAGAAACUGAUGUUAUUUGAUUUAUUUAAAGGCUAAAACUUGUUGAUUUUUUUUGAAAGAAUUCUUUGCACAAUUGUUUUAUUGUUUGACACUUAAAUGCACUUGUCAUUUGCAUAAGACAGUAGCAUUCUGACCACACUUGGACGCUGUAACCUCAUCUACUUCUGACGUUUUUUAAAAAAAUGAUGAUGACUUUUAAAAAUUGAAAGAAAAAUGAAACCACUAACUUGUGUUCUUGAAAAAAGUGGCAACACUGUUUUGCAAUUUUAUUUGUGCAGGUAUCCACACUAUUUUGAUAAAGGGCAGUAACAAGUAUGGGACCUAUUUAAAACAUUUUUUUUUUCACAAGGCAGUCUCUAAAGCUAAGUGAAGUUUUCUCUGCAUCUUUGUACAGAGAAUCAACCUGCCCCUAGUCUCUCCUUUCUCCCCCUCCCUUCCCACCCAGUGGUACUUCUACUAAAUUGUUGUCUUGUUUUUUAUUUUUUAAAUAAACUGACUAAUGACAAAGUGGUGAGCUUAUGAUGUUUACAUAAAAGUUCUAUAAGCUGUGUAUACAGUUUUUUAUGUAAAAUAUUAAAAGACUAUGCUGAUGACAUUUAUAAAA